AUGAUGAUCGAAUCACCGCGAAGAAGUCUACUAAGAAGGAAGAUCAGCCGACUAAGAGGGCAGGCCAAAGAAGUGAUGGGUUUAGCAAUAGGAACAAGGACAAUCGCAGGUCGCACCCACAAGGGGAUGCUACGACAUGAGACCCAAGUGAAGGACAAACCUUGGGUAAGAAGAUCACUACCCUUGAAAGGAGAUCUAGACAAGAGGGAUACCAGAAAAUACUAUGUCUUCUGUGGGAAACACGGGCACACUACGAACAACUGCUUCGCCUGGAAAGCGCACCUUGAAGAACUCGUAAGAGAAGGUCACUGCACGGAAUUCAUUGCGAAACAGGUCAUCCAACAGAUUGAGGAUCGUGACACCGCUAAGGAGACACCUCAGAAGGUCAUAAGGAUUAACACAAUCCUAGUUGACUAG